AUGCUCGACGACUGGCGAGGACCUCGACCAUGCGCUUCUCGUUGUGAGGUGGCCACAGAGCGGCGUGGGCGGACGCAGACGUGGAGCGAAGCGCUGCGGUUGUUCCGCGAGGAGUCCCGGCAGCGCGCGAGGCUCAGCCCAGGCCGCUACACUGCGACUGCCAGCGCAUGUGGGAAAGGUGAGCAGUGGCAGUGGGCGCUCUCGCUCCUCGACGAGAUGAUCGAGGAGAAGGUUCAGGCCAGCUCAGCUACAGUGUUGGGGUCAGCGCAUGUGAAAGAGGCAGGCAGUGGCAGCGGGCCCUGUCGCUGCUGA